CAGGUGGCGUACGGCACAUCGGACGCCAUUUUGUGGGUUUUGGGAUCCCUUUUCGCCAUGGAUUUAUCGAAAUUGGCCCGUCCGGCCAUCCUGUGCCAGUGUUUGCGCUGUUCGAGCUCCCUGGCCGCUCUGGAGAAUGAAUGGGCCAAGCUUUCCAACUCUUAUUCCGUCGCAGCAGGAUGGCUGAGCGUCGAACUCCACCGCAUCUCAAUCUCGCCCGAAAAGAAACAAGUACCGCAAUCAUCAGACCUGAGUAUACUCCGCGGACGCAUCCUGCAAGAGAUCUCCUGCAAGCUCUGCCAGCAGAAGCUAGGCGUGUUGUGCUCGCUCGAUAAUGGCCCUAAUGUCUUCUGGAAGCUAUCGAAGGUCUCAUUUAGGGAAAUCGUGUCCAUGCGCACGGUAGAACCUGUGUUCAAAGAUGGACUACUCGAGCGCCUGAUCCACCCGCCUCAGAAGGAAUCGACCAGACGAGAUCGGACGUCUAUCCAGCCCGGAGCUUUAGUACCAGUCGGUUCAUCCGAGAUGGACCAUUACACUGCUACAUCCGUGGAGCAGCAAAUUCAACACCAUGGACUGAGCCUCGAUCAUAUCUCAAGUUCCGUGAGCAACCUACACGACACCAUGUCCGAGCUGAAAGGCGCAUUCACAGCGCUCCGUAUCGAACUGAAUAACCCCGGACGCCUCCCCGAUCUAGGAAACACCAUGGACAAUGACUUCAACAUGAUCACGACAGUCCUAAAGGAACUGAAAGCCAAGUCAGAAGAGAUCGAAAAGCUAAAACUAGAGAUUGAGGCAUUGAAGCUCAAAAACCGUUACGUGGAAGAACAGAACGCAAGACAUCAACAGCAACAGCAACCCUCAACCCUAUCUUUACCCGGCCCACUCCCAGAAGUCCGCAGCCCGGGAUUGCUCCAAGCAGGCAGGAAGCGGCCAUGGCCGGACUCCUGGCCCAGCGGCCGCACACAAGCAAUCGCCGACUCAUUCGAUGAUGGCGAUGAGGAAGAUAGCAUUGACUUCUCUCUGGAAGACCCACAUAUGCCCCCAGUCAAGAUCCCAUUAAAGGGGCCCGAGAUGGACGCAAUGAUGGACACACCGCGCGAGCCAACAGCGCCAGGGUCUUCGAAUAUCCGAGUGGAAAUCAAUCCAGCAAGACAUCAAAGUCCUCAAUGGGGGACUCCCGAAAUCCACCCCAGCGUAGAGCAACAGACUAUGUCCAAACGCCCCCGUAUGUCUCAGGCUUCCGAGAAGCCACCACCCAGCGGGGAGUCGGAUAAAAGAAGGCCAGGGCGGCCACGCAAAUCCAUAAGCCAGGCUACAAAGCCGGAUCUUUUCCAGACUCAGACCCCGAGGCCAACACCUUUAAGUGAGCAAAACCCCAACGUCAGUAGCAAUGGUCAAAAAGAGAAUGCACCCUCCAGCACCAGUCCCAGCCAACGCCAAAAUGGAACUGAAACACGCCCGGGUCGUCCCCGAAGCUUGCGCAGUCGGUCGCGGCCGCCAACCCGACAUUCAACCGGUCCUAAUAAUAGUUUCUCUGAGCAAGACCAGACACAUACAUCGGCGGGUAGUCAAAAGGAAACCCCGCAUGGCCCAGAAGAUUCAGUGUCUUUUGAUCAAGAGACAGGGUCAGGGAAGGAAAACCCGCCUGGAAAGACAAAUGGUGCUCAUACUGAUGAUGGGAAUCAGCGUGAAGCGCAAGAGAAACGAAAGGCACAGGUUGCCGCCCGCGAUAUUAUGGCACGCUUAGCCAUGCAGCGUGAAGAGGCCAUGGAAACGGAGGCCCGCUGAUUCAAAGCUAGACUGAUAUUCUAUUCAUGUAUUAUUCAUUUAUUUACUUCCUUCUAACCAUUUCCGUCUUAGUCGUUCACUCGCUGUUUUCCCUUUUGUCUUGAACUUUUGAACUCCGGGAUUAUGUGAUGGUGUAUAAAAAAAAAAGUCGGUUCUUCACGAGUAC